UAGUGUGUUAAACAAGAGGUUUCGCUUCUGUUUCACUGAUAGCCUUAUCAAUGGAAGUCCUGGAAGCAGGAAACACGUCUUCUGGAAAUGGGAUAAAACGGAGGGGUCUUUUCCUCAUAGGAAUUACUGGUGGUGCAGCUGUUGCUGUUUCUGCUCUGUGCUAUCCUUUUCUAUCUCCGGCACUGAGAAGAAUAUGCUUACCGUACGUUCCUGCGACCGGUGUGCAGGUCAGCAAUGUUCUGAAAGCACUCACUGGAAAAUCAGGCAGUCUUUUAGACAUCGGAAGUGGAGACGGAAGAAUUGUCCUGGCCACUGCAAAACGGGGUUUUCAGUCGGAUGGAGUUGAAUUAAACAUCUGGCUUGUCCUUUACUCAAAGUUUGCCGCAUUUAAGGCUGGGCUGUCAAAGUCGACCAACUUUUAUAGAAGGGAUUUGUGGGCGUUUCCUAUCCAUUCUUAUAGGAAUGUUGUCAUCUUCGGCACCGAAGAGAUGAUGGCGGACAUUGAAGAAAAGUUUUCAAAGGAAUUGCUCAACUCGAAUGUGGUAGCGUGCAGGUUCCCUUUGCCCAACCGAGAACCAAUCAAAACUAUCGGUUCUGGCAUUGAUACAGUCUGGCUGUACGAGUUUAAAAAACCUACUGAUAAACCAAGUUGAACAUGCCAUUUGCCAUAUAUUUAAAUAGUGUAUUUGUGUUGUGUAAAUAUUUACAUUGUGUAUUUAUAAUAAAAACAAUUUUUUUGUUACGUA